UAUCUUUCACUUAAGCCGGUCUAUCACCGUAGGAGCUACUGUACGGGAGUUACUGAUGGUAGCUCAAAAUGGGGAUGAAUGAACAUGGUACGAGUAAAAUGAACUCACUCUUCUCGCGGCAGUCUUCUUGGGCGGUUCUGUUUUUAUUUCGUCGUGGCGUCGUUCCUAGUUAAUAACUUUAAUCGUCAGUUUUAUCUACCGAGGAAAGCGUGUUAAUUGUUGUUAUCGAAAAACUAAUAAAACAGCCAACACUUGCCAUCGUUUGAAUCAAUCAACCAUCAGCUUCAGGUAGAUCCAGGUAGAAUCCCGGGCACAAAAGAGUGUUUUGUUUUGGUUUUACGGCCGGCCUUCAAUCGCCGCCUAAUCGAACUAAACCCGCGACGUAGUCAAAACAUUGGAAGUGAACAUUCGUGCUUUCGUAAGCAAAAAUUCCUUUUAAACAGUUUAUCGUGCAUCGAUGGGUGUUAGCGGUUGGGUGUUAAAUUGUUCGUGUUGUGUGUGAUCGACGCUUUCGCUUCGUUUGAUUGUAAUUAUGCUAAUUGCCAAUUCUGUGGCGAGUGGCCUGUGUGUAUGCCGGUACCGGUCAUCAGUUAGUGCAACGGAUAGAAUUUAACCCUUUAACCCCAUCGUCUGAUCCCCCCUGCCAUCCAUUCACCCCCCCAAACACCGCGUGGCGACCAUUGUUUGCACUUUAAUCGAACCGCGUUCCCGGAAGUACCCCUCUUCCAUCUGCCGCCACGAACGAGGUCAACAAGAAGAAGUUACCGGGGACAAGCUUACGGCGGGAUCCGCAUGUAAACAUAGCGCCACUCAUUCUCGUUCUCCCUCUCUUUUUAACCCUUCAUUCCUAACAAUCAACAAGCGUAACUCGAUUCUCGACCACGGGGAACCGGUCGUAGUCACCGUCGUUUCGAAAGAUCCGCUGUCGCCAGUAGUUGUCGCGUGUUGUCGUGUUUCUAAAACGUUGCAUUUCCUUUGUUUUCUAUACUCUCCGGCCUAAAGAAAAAGAAGAAGAAGAAGUAGAAAACGUGGUUCACGGUUCAAUGACGAGCUGACGGAGUAACAGCGGCACCAGCGGUUCUCCAGAAGUCCGGAACGAAGCGGAAUGGUGCCAAAAAAGUGGCAGCUCAUCAGCAGCAGCGCUCGAGCGAACACUCGGUGACAAACGUGAGACACAGUGCGCGAAAGCAGCAGCUGCGAGAAACACCCCCCAAAAAAAAACUCCCGAUCGUUUACGCAGCUUAUCUUGACUUUGCGGAAAACAGUUCGUACGCCCGGCCCGGCAGUUCAAAGAGAGUGCAUUUUAUCGGUGUCCCUGCCACCAGCCUGGCCACCGAAGCGUGUUCCCAAUCUCUACAAUAACCCCGUCAACCAAAGCUGCAAACCAUUAUGGCUCACUUCUCGAUCACCGAAAUGCCCACGGAUCUAAAGGUGACCGAUACGUUCCCGAAGAGUGGCCGCGUGACCGAAGUUUGUAAGGAGUGGAUCGUACGAGAAGACGGAGCAUUGGCCUAUCAGCUUCAGAACCAAGAAAUUAGCGAGCAUUACAGAGGCAAUAAGCAGCGAAACCAAAUCGUGCGCCAGGACUUCCCGACCGCACUCACAGAGCAAAUACGCGAAAAGCAGGAUGCGGAGCGACAGGCAGCGCUUUACCAUCAAAUGAUCAACGAGCAAGAAGAAAUGGACGCCAAAGUUGCUCGUGAGAUAGCGGAAGAGCUGCAACGGGAAGCACAACUCAAGCGCCAGAUGGAAGCCCAACGAGGUGAAAUGCUCGCUCGAAAGCUCCAGGAACAGGCACAUCUGGGGGAAAGAAGACAGCCACCGAACGGUGCAGCUGGACCUUCCUCUAGUCGGCAUCGGCCCGAGCACGAACCAAACGCUUAUCCACUGCCACCACGGACACACCCGAAACCGACUGCCACUCCCGGGACAUCGUCACAGUUUAUGGCCCAUUCGCCACCGCCUGUUGCUAACCAAAUUAAUGCCGGAUAUCGUUCCAACGGUACCCAUUCCCAUCAACAGCAGCCGCCAGAUCUGCAUUACGCUUCGCUGGAUCUUAACUCUCCGAAGCGUCCGCCACCGCAACCGAUCUUCCACGAUGGAGGAGCAGGAGGUGAUCGUUCGGUAUCAGCGAACUACCGUGAACCGUUUCCAUCUACUUCCGAUCCGCAUCGACGGGCUCCCGUUGCGAAUUACAAUCAAUACUCGGACGAUGAAUCAGCGGAACCGAUUGCCACCAACGGUGCAUCGUAUGCAAACAUCAAUCUUCACUCACAUACUCCGGAAAAGAAGCAACCAGUGGCAUCGAGCCACCGAUCGGCACUGCCACGAUCGCAUCAGCUACCACUAGCUGACCACGUGGACAGCAUACGACCCUAUGAUAUGCCUCAAACGGACGAUAACUAUACCGCCUAUCCAAUAUCCCCGGAUACGAUGAAUAAUAUCUCCGGUUCUGUAUCGGGUACUAGAUCUCAUGGUUAUCAAACACAAAUAGCACCAGCACCGCCCCCAGUGGCAUCGCGUUAUGCGCACAACAUUCGCGAGCCCGUAAAUGAACCAGAGUAUCAGAACAAUACGAACUUCAACAAAAUGUCCCCGGAGAAGUAUGUGGUUCCCGGUGUACCGUUUUCGUCGAGAGCAAUGGUGCCCAACAGUGAGAUUAGCUCGUAUCGUGGUGGAGAGAUGGGUAUGGGUGGUGAAUCGGGUAGUGGAUACCGUCGUGCCGAGGCCGGUAUGCAAAGGAAUGCCAAUCCGAUCAAUUACAAUCUGUAUGAUGAUGAUGAUAUUACCGAAGGACUAGCAUCAGCAACCGGUAACCACAUUGACGGACAACAAGCUUCUUCGUCGAGGUACGGUGGUCAGCAGCAAUUUACUCAGCACAUUGGACUGCCGGUCGAGCUUGCACAGGCAAGCAGUAGCAGUAACUCCAACAGUCGCUCUGAGAACAACGCCACGGGAGGUGCGAUGCCAAAAACGAUGGUUGCUUCGUCGGGGAAUGCACAUAAUGUUCAUUAUCAUCAGCAAGCUUCCACUUCGCAACUUUAUCAGAAUCAUCCUCUCCAAGUAUCGCAACUGCACCAGCAGCCUAACUCAUCCCAUGCCUCACCGAGCCAUUCGAAACACAGUAGCUAUGAUAAGACGGAUCGCAUAAGAACCCUGCAGGACCUUGGUUUGGCUCCUGAUGAGAUACAGGAGAUUGAUCAGCGACUGGAGCAGGAGCUGCGUGACGCGGAGCUGGCACGUAAACUCCAGGAAGAGGAAGGCGAUGGCUUGGACCAGGAGUUUAUCGAUCGCAAAGUGGCGAUGGAGGCGCAAGACAAGGAGCUUGCAAAAAUGCUGCAGGAACGCGAACGGGCGAAAGCAAAGCGGGCUCGCGAGAAAGCUCGGCUCAAGAAGGAAAUGCGUAUGCAGCAGCAGCAGCAGCAACAACAACAACAGCAAUCCCCAGGCACGGAUGGUAGUGGCCCGUUGGAGGGUGAAUCACCUCCCGGAGAUCCUCGCACUGUUACUGGUGAUGCAGGACAAGACGUUGUUGGCGAUGCUUCUUACUCGAACCCGAUCGACAUGCUUCAGCACCAGCAGCAACAACAAAGGGCUUUGGGUACGGAGAGCUCCGCUGCUGGUUCCUCUCGGCCAUUCUACGGUGCACCAAUGCCAGCACCAGCGAACUCGCAAGAGUUACCAAACAAUGGUCAUUAUCAUCAUCGUACUCAGGGAAGCAUAUCAUCCCAUGGUUCUGGAUCAGGCAGUCAGCAUCCCGCUCACCAGCAGAACGCCCAGCUUCCGGCUUCUCCACCGAUGCCAAUCAGUGAUGAGAACUACUCCAAUCCGAUCGAUAUGAUCAAGCAGCAGAAGCAACAACAGCAGCUCUUGCUUCAGCAGCAACAACUACAGCACCACCAGCAACAGCGGAGUGGACCAAACCUGAAGCUAUCCGCAAAUGUACAGCGCUUGAUAGAAAACGGUCGUAAGGAUGAUGAAAUCUAUGUUCUACCGGUUUCGGACGAUGGUGCCCAUCCAUCGGACAUAGAAUUACAAACGUCGCAAAGGAGUCCACCAUCACGAGCUAUGAUGGGCGACGGACGGGGGUCGGGUGAACGUGGUGGUCGUAUGAUGUCUUCUCCCGGGUCAAGAAUUCACCAUCUGGAAGAUAAUGUCGCAACAAAGAUCGAUCCAACGUUCGGCGCAGCUAGCAGCAUGACCGGUUCGUUGAAUGCCAGCACUAUCUCCACUUCGCUAACGACUUCCUCCCCUGCCGCUCAUUCAUCACAACCAGACAUACUAGAGUUCUCCGAUCCCGGUUCGUCUAGUCCUGUCCCACCGUAUAUGCCGAUACAGGGUACCCGCCGUAACAACACCGCGGAAGGCAAAAAGCGUAAAUCGAAGGAACGUUGUGCGCAGCAGUAAUCUAACCGCCGACGUGAAAGGAGCUAGUUAUGAUGAUGUUUGUCGUUUUCGUGCUCGAUAUUCCCGAGAUUCAGAAUUGCGUCGGAAUAAAAACAAUCAAAAUGAGGAUAGAUUAUGAAUCUAAGCAAAUAUGAACUAUUUAUGUAACUAAAAGAAACCAGGCCGACAGGAGGCAUGCGAGGUAUGCGGCCAUCCAGGAAUGCUUCUUUAUUUAAUAAAAGCAAAUGUAUGUUCGUC